AAAUAAUAGAAUCGUUUGUUCUCGUUUUCUUAUAUUACAAAAUAAAUUUGACCAACAACAACCUUAAGUAUAUAUUUUUUUUUAACUGAAAAGAAACUUAUAUUUGAUAGUAUUUUUACCACCAAAUAAAAGCGUAACAACGAAAUGUCCCGAGCAAAAGCGUAACAACGAAAAGUUCCGAGCAGAAAUGACACAAACACUUAAUUCGUCUUUGCUCGGAAUCUUUCGUUGUUGAAUUUUUGCUCGGAACUAGAGUUGUUCCAUUCUUACUUUGCAUAACGUAUUUAGUAUCAUUUUUGCGCUCAUGAAAAUUUUAUCCUUUUCUUGGUUGUCAUUUCUUUAUAAUUCAUUUUUGCUCUUAGCGCAUCAUAUAUUAUGGUAACUUUUACUAGCUUUAAAGUAUUCUAUUUUUACUUUAAGGACAUUGUGUUAUCGCUAAUAUUUAUUGAUAUAAAAUAUUUUGCUGUGAUAUGUAAAUGGAACAUUCUAAUUUAAAAGAACAUAAUCACAAGUGGCACGAGAAUCCAUAAUAUACACAUUAGUUGUGCUUUAACAUUUUCAUCGUUUAAUAAUUAAUUACAUGAAGAUAAAAUCAUGACUAGGGAAGUUAAAAUUAUCAUUCGUCAAUCGGAAGGUCAAAUAAAUGUUUUAUGCACGUCACAUGUACUAUUGUACUAUAUACUCUUGUUAUUUAUCUUAUCAUAUGGUAUACGACACGCUAACGAAUCGGUUUACAUGAGAAGAAACAGGACACAAAUUCGACAGAAAAUGUUAAUUGCGAAUACGAAGUGUUGGAAUAUUGUGAAGAGACAAGCCACCGAAUUUUGCUGCAAUACCGGAUUACAUGGUUACAAAUACAUCAGUCAUACUCAACGUUCUAAAACGGAGCGGAUUGUUUGGGCAAUAGUAGUAUUUGUGUCACUAGGUUGCGCCAUUUUUUUAAUGAAAAUGGCUUGGAAUUAUUACGCCAUCCAUCCUACUUUGACAGUUAUCGAAUCAACACAUCGUGGAAUAUGGCAUUAUCCAUUUCCUGCAAUAACAGUGUGCAAUAUUAAUCGGAUAUCUUACAAUUUGACUAAAAAGUUUGUCGAAAAUUUAAAAACACCACCUAAUGUUUCGAAAGAAUACUUAAUUCAAGAAAUACGUCUAAUGAAUGAACUAAUAAUACCAGGAUUAUUUGGAUAUGAUAUUCAGAAGAACCUUACUCAUCUACAAGAUAUUAUAGAUGAUAACCAAUUAUCUAUACUUAAUGUAAUGAAAUUGGUAACACAAAACUGCAGUACUUUAUUGAAAAUAUGUAAAUGGAAAGGCACAAAUGACCAAUGUGAUAAAUAUUUCAAACAAAUUUUAGCGCGAGAUGGCUUGUGCUGCAGUUUUAAUUAUUAUACUUUUCCAGACACAAUACCGGACAAUGUGGAAAGAUCUGCUGCUUGUGGAUUUGAAACCGGUAUGACCAUAAUAGUAGAUUCUGAACCAAAUGAUUAUCAUGCUACAAUUGUCGGAGCAUAUGGAUUGAAGGUCUUGAUACACAAUUCAUUUGAUUACCCAGACUUUAAUACUGAACUUCAAUUAGUACAAUUAAAUAGUCAACAUUUUGUGAGCAUCAAUCCUGAAGAAAUGUAUUCAAAACCCGAAGUAAAGGAUUUAGCAAUUUCUACGCGCAGAUGUAUAUUUAGCGAUGAGGCUAAUAAAGUGCUGUAUAAAAAUGUCAAAGAGAGGAAUUUAACUUUUACGGCAUAUUCAUAUCACAAUUGUCUUGCAGAAUGUCGAGCUAGCAUUACAAGAGCAAAAUGCGGUUGCAUUCCUUAUUUCUUUCCACAAAAUAGUACCAGGAUAUGCAACCUUAAGGAUAUUGAGUGCUUAAAGAAAUAUAAGUGUAAGUGUGCCCUUAAAAACUACUUUUGAAGCUUAAAAAUAAUACCUAACUGUGAAAUUUUUUUAAAGAAAAAUAAUUGACUUAAUCAAAAUUUUGUUUUUGAAGGUUUUAUUAUAUAAUUUUUUUAUGUAAAAAAAUUUGUUUUAUUUUUUCCAAAAUAGUGAUGUUUGACCCUAUCGUUGAAUCUCCCUUUUUGAUACAUACUCAGCCGGUAUACAUAAUUGACACCAACAACUGAUUUGAUUUAGGGUAAAAUAUAAAAGAUUUUCACACUAUCUAUGUGUGAAAAACUACAAAAUAGACAUUCAAAAUAUUAACUUUUGUAAAUAAUAAAUGUUUGAAAAAAGUGCAAUUUUUGCAGGAAAAUUUUUGUUUAAAGAUAUUAAUUUAAAUAAAAGAGAAUGUUAAAAAAGGACCUUAAUUUUGGCUCUCAAAAAUGUAAGUAUAGGUAUGAACAUAGAUAAAUAGCGAUUGAAGAAACCAAAACGUAAUCCAAUUCUCUGGCACUUAGAGUAGUCCUUCUAUUUGUACUUCGAGAUAGUGUAAAGAUUUAAAGAAGAUUAAAGCUGAAUAAGAUAAAAUCGUCUUAAAUAAUACCUUAAGAUGAUAAUAUGGCUUUAUGAUUGAUCCAUGACAUCUUCAAAUUGUAUUUAACAAGGAGAUGCCGCAUUUGCUAACUUUUGAAUAAGCCAUUGAAUAAGCCAUAGUGCAUUCAAAAGGGGAGGUGAAAAGCAAAAACCGUGUUUUGGAUUUGAGUGAAUGGGCUUUAGUUUUUGGGGAAAUUGCAUCUAAAUGUAUGCAUUUUCGGUCGGUAAAGUAAGUACAAUGAAAAGCCACUUCUUGGCAUGAAGCGCGGUGGCCGCAGCUGCCGCGGGUGCUAAGUACGCGCUUACUAUUUUGUUGCCAUCCGUGUGAGCUGGAUUCGAGACUAGUUGUAACAAUUUAAAAAAAAUCUGUAUCUCAAUUAAAUUUAUUUUCUUUAUUCUUCAAAAUAAAAACUUUUUGUGAUUUUAAUAAAUUUCUAUAAUGUUAUUAAAUAUAAUAAAACAUAAUACAUUUACAUUUAUUUCUUAUGAAAUGUAUUCUGACAUUCUUGUACAAUAUUGUGUGUGAAAAUUUACAUACAAGUAUUGGACACAUUUUUCGCACCAUGAACAUAUUAUAAAUGCAACUCGCGUGUUGCAAAUAUAUUUUUUGUUACGUACGUCAGGUGGAAAACACAAUUUUUUUAAAAGCAAAAAAUAUCAUAACUAAAAAUAUGCAAAAUAAUUGCUUGGUGCCUGUUAAAGUUAAAAGAUAAACGCGACAUUAUACAAGAAUGUUAAAAUUUUAUAAUAAAUAAAAAAUGUAUUGUUAUUUCUUAAUAUAUUUAAUAAUAUGAAAAUUUACUAAAACUGCAAGAAACAGUUUUUAUUAAGGGGUUAUACUACUCAGCAAAAAAUUUUUUUUCCGUUUUUUUUUAUUGACUUAAAUAAUGCAUAAACUAUCUAAAAAUGAUAUUCCAGCAUAAUUAUAAGUGGGAAACAUUUAAAAAAAUUUUUACAACUUAUUUUCCGAAGCGCCGCCAAGCGCUUUGAAAUGUUUAAAAAUGCCACUCCGUCACGCGUAGCAUUUUGAAGCGUUGUAGUCAAGUCGGUAUUUUUAUAUAGGUAGAAGUAAGUUAUACUUUCUCAAAUUAAGUGUUAAUUAAAUGCGAAUGAAAGUUUAAACGCCGUCGUUUGGAUAGUAGCGCCGAAAUCGGUAUCAAGCAGCAAAACUAUUAUUGAUAUAGAGACUAACGUUGCUGCAAUCCUUUAUAAUGAUGGUUUUCAAGGAUUACUUGCUAUAAUGAGUAUACUUAAACUGAAGAUUAGCCACGAAUUUUACAAUUAUUGUAUAGAAAUCGAUGAACGGCGCGUUCAAGCUGCAAACCGCUCAGCAUCAAUAAAUAGAAAAAAUGCGCGGAAGGAUCUUACAUCGCUUAGAAAAGAAGCUGAAGAGCAAUAUUUAGGUUUGGAAGAAAUGUUUUACGGUCCUGGGAUAGCAGAGUGAAGGUAAAAAAAUCAGCAAGCCGAUAUUUUCAAUUUUUCAUGUAGUAAACAUGUUUUGAAACUUUAAACGCGAUUAUCUCAAAACCAUGUUUUUCAAAUUGGCAUGCAGCAUAACUCGGGCAAUUUAUAUUCGAUUGACUUGAAAUUUGAACUGUAGCUUCUUAGAUAGAUUAUCUAUCGAAGUACCAAUGAUUUUUACGAUUAAUAAAUAAUUAUAUUUUUUAUAAACGAUUUAAAAUCAAUUUUUCAUCGAAAAAAGUAAUUUUUCUUUUAAAUGCAUGCCAAAUUUGUAAAAAUCAAUAUUUUUUAAUAAUCGUUGGUACUUCCAAAGAAACACUAAUAUAGAAUAUAAAAAAAUUUUUUUUAUCCCUGUAGAUGCUGUAUGAACAUUGCUACCCUGCACGCCGUUUAUCUCUUCGAAAAAAAAGCGUUCUUAAGUAACUUAUUGCCACGACGCCAUUUUGUACUUUAAAUAAAACAAAAUUUUUUUUGUAUAUCUUAAAACUUAUAUAAUAAACUCUGUAAACUUUAGUUUGAUUGCUUUAUUAGUAGUGGACAAAAAAAAUUCAUAAAAAAGCCUCAUUUUUCAGCACGCCUGGGUAGUAUAACCCCUUAAAAAAAAAAAAAAAAAAAAAAAAAAAGAAAGAAAGACAGAGUAAAAAAUUUGUCACAACUGGUCUCGAGCGCAGCUCACGGAUAGCAACAAAACAGUAGGCACGCAGUCAGUACCUGUGGCCAUUGUGUUUCAUGCUAAGAAGUGGCUUUCCAUUGUACUUAUCUUACCGAAAAUGCAUACAUUUAGAUGCAACUUUCUUAGAAACUAAGGCUCAUUCACCCAAAAGCCAAAACACGGUUUUUGCUUUUUACCUCCCCUUUCGAAUACACUAUGGCUCAUUCGAAAGUAGAAUUAGUAGAUGGCGGCAUUUCCUUGUAAAACAAUCUUAAAUUAAGAACUAUAAAUACCGGCCAAUCUCUAUAUACGAGAUAUGAAACUUAUAAUCUAUCACUUACGAUUCCAUUGCUCUUACAUGGAACUAUACAACAUUCUAAAGUACAAGUAAAAAAAAGUAAUAGUGAUAAAAUUAUUACAAAAUUCAUAGGGAACAAAAUUUGGGGAACACCUUGAAAAUUGAGUAAGAAUAUGGUGUAUUUAUAGAAAUUUAGAUGAUGUAUGGAACCACAAAACACAUUUGUGUUUUGAGAAGGGAAGGGAAAAAAAGAAAAAUGGAGAGGGGAUGUUUUCAGUUCCUUUAAAAUUCAUAUGAUGGAAGUAAUUUUUCUGGUUUGCAUGAUAUGUAUUUAUAUGCGUUUAUAUAAAUAUGAGUAAGUUUCCACCGAGAGUUCAAAUUGGGUUAGAGUCGGGCCAAUUAGCCAAUAGUUAUGAUGGUACAACGGAAGUAACCUAAUUUCCGUUGUGACCAGCAUAGCCAUUGGCUAAUUGGCCCGACUCUGACGCUUACUCAAUGAUAUGUAGAGGAAACCGAGGCAGAAUGGGAUAGCGGAGUAGAAUGGGACAAUUAUUUUCAUUCCAUGAUGCCGCAACAGUGCGGAAAAUUCGUGAACUGCUUCAACAGGUCGCGAUAAGAUUGAGGCAACUUUGUUGAUUGUAACUAAAGGUCAUUUCUAAGUGAAUGAGAGUUGUGAAGUAACUCGGGUCGAUUUGAAAAGCGAAUUUAUAAAUUUCAUAUGACAGUUGAUUGAGGUAAGCUAAUUUAUCGUUACAUACAUAAUUUUAAAUACUAUAAUCGCUAAAAGUAUUUAUAAUUAGAUGUUGUUUUCCAAAACAAUUUUUUUAAAGAUUUUUUCUAAAAGUUACAUGAAUUUUUUUAUCUUAUGUGUGAUCGUGGGGCAGAACGGGAUUCUAUCGCAUGGGAUAGAAUGGAAUAGUAUCUCGUUCUAUUCCACACUUUUUUUUCUCACAAUUAUUUAUUAAACAAUUUAAGAUGAUGCAAAAAUACGUCGCAAAAACAGAUAGACAACAAUGGGAUAAAUAUUCGAUGGCAUUGGCAGUGCAACUAGUUAUAUCGAAGGAAAUAGAAAAUAAAAAAAGAGUAUAAAAAACCAGGAA